AUGUGUUGUGUUGAUAAAGAGUCAAAAGAGUUCUCCGUGUACCUACCCUUCUUCCCCUCACCCUCAAUCAUGAGUUUCAGGCAGAGAUGGACUAAAAUAAACCUGCGUCAGCCAGAAGAGCAGCGCGUCUGCGGCCUGGGACAGCGUCUAGGGAGCCAUGUCGGUGGGCAGUUCUGGGAGCCCUGUGAGCCGCAGUCCGCACACAAGUCCAACCCCAGAGACGCCAACGGGAACAAGUGCGAGACCAUCGGCUUCAUCCCUGGCUCCGCUGACCCCGCUUCCCCGAGCUGCAACCCCUGCGCCUCCCCCAAACGUUGCCGCAGUGUUGUGUGCACAGUCCUCACCUGUGGGCUCUACCGCUUCUGCCAGAACUCCACCCUCGCUCCCUGCCUGGCCCCGAACGAGAGCUCCCCAGACGAGCCCGAGAAGGUCAGUCUGAGAAACGCCAAGGGCAAAGUCGGCGCAGAGGAGGAUGGAAAGGACUGGCUGAACGACGUGCACAUUGGCGGAGUCCGAGUGGAGGAGUCCAUCGAGUAUUCGAACGAGCCGAGGUUUUCAGCGUCGCGUUUGUCCUCGACCGGAGCCAUCACGAGCUUCAGCCACUCCUCUCUGCAUCAGUCCCUGGUGCUGGACGACUGGGAGCAGGAGGAUGUGGAGGAUGUGGACUCUCUCAUCACCAAGAAGCUGCUGGAGCUGUACUCGGAGUAUCAGAUCGAGGAGCUGGCUCGCUGUACCACGGACUCUGUGUUUUUGAGGAAGACCAAAGACAUCCACCAGCUCAUCAACUCCCUGGCCGAGGAGCACCGCAUGGACGAGCAGGAGGCCGAGUGCCGUCUGGUGAGGGGGAUCAUCCGCAUCAGCACCCGCAAGAGCAAGAAGAAGCCCCAUGUCUCCAAGAGGGAGCGCACUCUAUCGGACAGCGGCCACGAGACCAUGAAGGAGAGCGGGUCCACCUCGUUCAGCAACAACAAUGACUACAAAUCCAACCCCAACAUUCAAAUAUCUGAUCUCACUUCGUCUGAUAAGUGUGCCAGACAGAUUUGGAGGAACAAUGGUGGUCAGCCAUCGGUGUCUUCAACCUCUUACUCUCCGUCCUCUUCCAGUCCCUCCUCGGGCGUCCCUCUCAUACGCUCUGCCUUCUUAGGAAAGGGGGGGGAGAAAAGUGACGUUGUGGUGGGCGGGGCGUAUUCCCGGAACGGCAUAUUAAUUCAUCAUAUUCAGAAGUAUGGGUGA